GAAUGACUCGACAAUACAUGACAUGUGUUGACAGUAUUCACUGUUUGUAAACAAAAGUGAGUUUCAGUUGUGAGCGAAUACUUGACUGGAGAGGAAUGGAUGUGAUGGGAGACCAAGAGCUGAUCCCAUUGUGUGAUAUAGACUAUGAUGUGUACCGAAACACAUGUACUCCAGUGCUCAUCGAUUGGGGGGCCUAUCGGUCGAGGGUUGGGUUCGCCGACCGCUCAGAACCGCAACUCGUAUUCAGAAGUCUUAUAUCGAAACAGAGGUCUAAAAAGGAUUCACACGUUUUGGUGGGCAAUGAUAUCGUCGACAUCGAGGCAGUCAAACGCGUCUUGAGGUCACCGUUCGAGUUGGAUGUGGUCACACAGUUUGACUCAAUGGAAACCAUUUUCGACUAUAUCUUCGCCAAUCUGGCCAUCGAUACGAAUCGUGUCAAUCAUCCCAUUGUCUUAAACGAGGCCUUCUGUGUCCCCCUUUGGACGCGAACUAAUACUCAAGAGUUGCUCUUUGAAUGCUAUGACAUCCCAUCACUCCUGUUAGGCGUCGACUCACUCUUCAGUCUUUACCACAAUUUGCCGGACAUAAGCAACUGUUUGGUCAUAUGUUUGGGUCAUUACACGUGUCAUAUCAUACCAGUAAUAGACGGAACCGUUGCGAGUGAGCACUCGACCAGGAUCAAUUUGGGUGGACUUAAUCUAAGCCUAUAUUUGCAACGAUUAAUGCAAUUAAAGUAUCCGAAACUCACUCAAGAGUUUUCGUUCACGAAAUGCGAACAAAUGGUGCAAAAGUUUUGUCACUUCUCUUCGGAUUAUCAUUCAGAGAGUUCCCAAUGGAGUCAUGAAUUGUAUUACAACCAAAAUGUCAAACUAUUCAAAGCGACUAAAACGGUGGCCACCGAUGGCUCGCAGCCUUUGGUUUCGGAAAAUUUUGUUCAAAGGACCCAAAGAUUGCUUAAAAAAGUGAAAACCAAUGUUCAUAAGAAACGAGAGAAACAGCUUAUAGAAUGGGAAGAAAAUAGAAAUAAAUUCAAAGCUUUACUGGAAUUGGUUGAAGACGAGGAGAUGGCAGACCCGGCAUUAGUUGCAAAAGCCUAUCAAAACGCAGGCGUAAGAAAUUUAAGUGAAUUGAAGUCUAAAUUGAAUGAAUUGAAUGUCGAAAUCAAGCGAAUAAAGAUUCAAUUGAACCCAAAAUCAGUGCCUGAAAUGACAGUAAUUGAUGAGAUAAAUGAAUGGCAAAACCAGAACACUUACGAUGAAUUGCAAUGGACUUCAUAUGUGAGGCAAUUGCGGACCAAUAAGAUCGGCGAAAACGCUUGGAUUUUGAACGAACUUUUGCGGGAAUUUGAAUUGGAGUCCAAACGACUGAAAAGGGUUGGAGUCGGCGAUAAUGUGAUUGAAUUUGGACCCGAACUCAUACGAGUGCCGGAGCUUUUGUUCUCACCCAACGCUCUCAUACAGUACUCUCAGUGCGGUAUCAGUGAAGCCAUUGAAGCGGUUAUCAAACAAUUGGAUAAUCCAGAAAUCAGUCAAACCAUUUUCCUAACGGGCGGCUGCGCUCAUAUCGAUGGCAUUGCCGAACGCAUCGAAAAGGACGUGACAUCCAUCCGACCCUUUGGAUCACCGCUUUCUGUGAUUAAAGCCCAAGACGUGUCACUCGACAGUUGGAAGGGAGCGAAAGACUCGUCUCAACGCUUUGCCGAUAAAUUUGUUACUAAAGAAGAAUAUUACGAGUUUGGGCCCGGAUUUGUCAAAGAGUUUAAGUGCUCUAAUCGUUAUAACUUAUAACAUCUAACAGUCAUUAUUUUUAUAAUCAUUUUUAGAAUCAUUCAUA